AUGUCUAUGAACAUAAAUGACAUAUUUAUAGGAGAAGUUGCAUCUGUCCAAAAUUAUGGGGCAUUUAUUAGAAUACCAGGAAAUAAGCAACAAGGUCUUGUGCAUCGCACACAGUUGUCAAGAGUGCCUGUGGAUGAUGCCACAGAUGUUUUAUCUAAAGGUGAUAAAAUAUGGGCUAAAGUUAUUGGAACAGAUGACGGAAAGAUUUCUCUAUCUAUGAAACUCGUUGAUCAAGGUAGCGGCAGAGAUUUAGAUCCCAACGGAGUUCAAAUGUUUCAAGAUGAACAAAGAAGAAAGAUUCAACCCAAUUCCAAAGGUAAAAGAACAAUUCAAUUAGAUGCAGUUUAUAACACAAAGUGUGUGAGAUGUGGAACUGGUGGACAUUUAGCCAAAGAUUGUUUUAAAGGUACAUCUGGAAAAAUAUAUGAUCUUUUGCCAGAAGAUGAUGAGACUGAGAUAUUACACAUAGUACCUAUCCAAUCUGAAAAGUCUGAAGUAACGAACAAAGAUAUUUUAUCAACAAAUGAAAAAAACAAGAAAAAGAAAAAAAAGAAAAAAUCUAGCGAAUCAAAGAAAAAAAAGAAAAGAAAAAGACAUUUAUCAACUUCUUCGUCAAAUAGUUCCAGUUCUGAAGAAAGUUCAAAAAGAAAAUCAAAGAAACACAAAAAAAAUAAAAAAAAUUAA